AUGGCUUUCCCCGCACACCGCAGCUGCUUUUGGAUGUUGCUCGUGGGAACAUGCGUGUCGCUGGUAGUUGGAACCGACUGUGGAAAGGAGUGCGCUCUCUGCGUGUACCGUCUGCUUGGACAACAAGUCGCUUCCUCCACUUCGACGUGCUCAGUUGAAUGCGAUGGGGAGCUGGACAGUGAGAAGCUUCGCCUCUGCUGGGACAUCCUGAUGGAGGAAUCCAACCGCGUCCCUUUUGACGGCAACCGACAGGAAGAAGCGGAGGCGGCGGGCGUCGUCCCGACUAAUGACGGUGACGCCAACUCGCCGGAACACCAGCUGGCCAAGAAAUACGGCGGCUUCAUGAAGCGUUACGGCGGCUUCAUGUCUCGCCGCUCUUUUCCGGAAGAGUCGUUAGAUGAUUCCGUAAACGACGACCGAGAAGAAAAAGUCCGCCUGGAGAUCUUGAAGAUCCUUAAUACGGCGUCUCAGCACGGCGACCGGGUCGACCUCGGAGAGGGCCGAGCGCUCAAGCGCUACGGGGGCUUUUUGCGUCGCGCCGAUGACGACGGGGAGGUACGGGGCGACCUGCUGGAGGCGGUCUUAGGCCGCGGGUUGAGAAAGCGUUACGGAGGGUUCAUGAGGCGCGUGGGCAGGCCCGAGUGGCUGGUGGACGGUAACAAGAACGGGGGAGUAUCAAAGCGGGCCUGGGAAAACGGCCAGCAACAGAAGAGGUACGGCGGAUUUAUGGACUAG